CUCUGUUUGUAGCUACGUUAGCUCUGUCAUUAAGUUAGUUGAGCAGCCUUGUUCUUACAGCCCGCUGGACGCACAAAAGCAGCGGAGGUCUGUCAUUUUCACUGCGACGCAGACGAGUAGAGCAGUCGUGGGACUAAGCGGGAUUUCGGCUGGAUGAUAGCAGUGGAGAUGUGUAAUAAGCUGCAUUGGACACUAAGGACCUACCUGGCUGCCAGUCUUACAACUGACAGCUGUCAGCGCACCUAGCUGCUCAGCUAGCUGGCUAAGUGAGCUAACGGCUAACAAGUGUUUUUUGGGGCUCAUAGCCUGGCUAAUUUAGCCAGCCAGCGCUGCUCUCGGUUCAGAGUGGAAAGCAGUGACUUCCGCAUAAACGUUAUAUUUUAUUAUUUUCUCAACAGUAUUUGACUCCGCCUGCUGUUCAAAGCAUGAGUUAGCCAAGGAGCGUCGGACAGCAGUGUGUGGAAUAUUUUGAGGUCCAGCUAGUCAGCUAGCGUUUAGCUCGAAGCUAGCUGCAUUCAUUCAAUUAUUGAAAAACUGCUAAAGCGUUAACACUAACACCUUAGCGAACAGGGACUGUCUACACCCAGCCUUAGUCUUUGUUAGGAUACUGUUACAUUUUUGGACUUGACCGGACUGGAUAACAUCUGGGGGAAAUGAAGAAAUUUUUUGAUUCUCGUCGGGAGUUGGUGAGCUCUGGGCCUGGUUCCGGAGCCGGUGGAGGAGGCGCUGGUUCCGGCGGCGGUGGCAGCUUCAUCGGACGGGUCUUUACCAUUGGACGGUAUCAAGUGACCGUCGAGGAAAUUGUCGCAGAAGGAGGUUUUGCCAUAGUUUUUCUGGUGCGGACUCAUCAAGGCCUACGUUGUGCACUAAAAAGAAUGUAUGUCAACAACGAACAUGAUCUGCAGGUCUGCAAACUUGAGAUACAGAUUAUGAGGGACCUAGUGGGCAACAAAAACAUAGUCGGCUUCCUGGAUUCCAGCAUAACUGCAGUUGGAGCUGGCGAUGUGUGGGAAGUCCUAAUCUUAAUGGACUUCUGUCGAGGUGGACAGGUUGUUAACCUAAUGAACCAGCGGUUACAGACAGGCUUCUCUGAACCCGAGGUGUUACAGAUCUUCUGUGACACAUGCGAAGCGGUCGCUCGUCUCCACCAGUGCAAAACACCAAUUAUCCAUCGAGAUCUCAAGGUAGAAAAUAUUCUCCUGCAUGACCGGGGACACUAUGUGCUCUGUGACUUUGGAAGUGCCACCAACCGUUUCCAGAACCCUCAGACGGAGGGGGUGCAAGUUGUGGAGGAGGAAAUCAAAAAGUACACUACUCUGUCAUACCGUUCUCCAGAGAUGGUGAACCUCUACGGUGGAAAGGUCAUCACAACAAAGGCAGACAUUUGGGCCAUGGGCUGUCUACUCUAUAAGCUGUGCUACUUCACACUUCCUUUUGGGGAGAGCCAAGUGGCUAUCUGUGAUGGCAGCUUCACCAUCCCAGACAAUUCCCGCUACUCCCAGGACAUGCACUGCCUCAUUAGAUACAUGCUGGAACCUGACCCAGAUAUGAGACCAGACAUCUACCAAGUAUCCUACUUUGCCUUUAAACUGGCUCGACGAGAGUGUCCGGUCCCAAAUGUGCAUAAUUCGUCCAUUCCUGCAAAACUUCCUGAGCCUGUCAGAGCCAGUGAAGCUGUGGCCAAAAAGAGUCAAACCAAAGCCAGGCUUACAGACCCUAUUCCUACCACGGAAACCUCAAUUGCACCUCGACAACGGCCUAAGGCUGGUCAGGCUCAGCCCCAGCCAAUAACAGGCAUUCUUCCCAUCCAGCCAGCUCUUACCCCGCGCAAGAGACCCAAUGUGGCUGCUGGAGCACCCCAGGCCAUAGGUGUUGGUAUUGGUGUCCCACCUCCAGCUGCAGCCGCUGUCCAACCUGCUCAGCAGGCCACUGCAGCACAGGCGGCACCACAGCCAGUUCAGACAGCCAACAUGCAGCCACAGGCUACACCACAGCAUCACCAGCUCCUCAUGAAGCAGCAGCAAACCUCAGCCUUCUUAAGCCCACAGAGUAACCAGCAGCAUCAGCUGGUACAGAGCCUCCAUCACCAACAGCAGCAACACCAAACAGCGUCUCAGGCGUCUUCCCUGCUGCAGUCCAAAGCUAAACCUGUUCCUCCAGUUGUUGCCCUGCAACUGCAAUACCAGCAGCAGCAGCAGCAGCCGCAGCAUCAUGUAUUCCACGAAACAGCAGCUCCCCAUCUCACACCCAUCCCUGAGUCUGCAGUCAUUGGUCCUGCAGCUGACCCAGAGGUCAUGACGGCUGGCCGAGGGAUUCACAAAGUCGGUUCUUUGACUCCCCCUUCGUCACCAAAGAUGGCCCCUAAGAGUGGCCACAGACGCAUCCUGAGCGAUGUCACCCACAGUGCUGUGUUCGGGGUUCCAGUCAGCAAGUCCACCCAGCUACUUCAGGCAGCCGCAGCUGAGGCCAGCCUCAACAAGUCCAAAUCAGCCAGCACUACUCCCUCUGGCUCCCCCUGCUCGUCCCAGCAGAGUGUGUAUCAUCCAGCUGAUGGCGAUGCCCCGUCAGGCCUCACUGCAACCAACACUCAGCCCAGCUGGAACCCCUUUGGGGAUGAUAACUUCUCCAAGCUGACGGCGGAGGAGCUGCUCAACAAAGACUUUGCAAAGCUAGCUGAGACUGCUGCACGAGGAGAGAAGAUCACAGGCUCCAGUGAGAAUCUUAUCCCAGGGCUCAGUGCUUUUCCAGCUGAAAGAUCUGCAGACAUCAUGAGUGCAGGUUCAGCACUGUUGACUGCCCGGGACCCUUUUAAUACCCUCUCUGACACCGCAGCAAAGGCAGAGGUGUGUGUGGAUUCACUGAUUCCUGGGUUGGAAGCCCCCCAGGCCCAGCGACAUUCAGCCCAGCCAGAGCUCAUCCCUGCCAGCAUGCCAGACUCUCUCACUGGGGAGGACUCUCUGCUGGGUUGCGAUCUGUUAUCUCAUACUUCUCCUCAUGGAAACCAGCCUGUUUCUGCUCUUCCCUCCUCCUCCUCCUCCUGCUCCUCUGCUCCUCCUGGCUCCGGCUCUGGAUCCUGUCUGGAGGAGCUGCCGCCUGGUCAGACAGCUUCUGACUCUGCUUUCCUCAUGUCGUGUGGGGAGAAGGGCAAUGACGACGAGUUUGACCCUAUUCCCGUGCUCAUCUCCAAAAACUCAAAUCAAGACCCACAAGGGGAGAGCAAUGGCUACUCUGUGCUCGGGGAGGGACAAGAGACUGAACCUCCGGAAGGAGAUCCUCAAAUAAACGAGGGCUGUGUGCACUCCAGUGAUGAAGACGAGGAGAAAGGAGGAAAUAAGGAAGAGCAGCAGGACGGUGGAGCCGUUGAGAGUCAUGUACCAGCCCAUGACUGCAGUGGCUCCAGACCUCUGCUGCUGGACUCUGAGGAAGAAGAGGAACAAGGGCCUCAGUUAGCCCUCCACUCAUCACCGCAGUCCAACACAGCACCAACACAACCAUCUACUACCUUCCAUCAUUCUACUCCAAGCACCAUUGCUCAGAAUCAUUCCCAGCAUGCACCUGAGCCAGCAAAGGGGAUAGAUGUUGCUGCAGAUGUCUUCUCUAAAGCCCCCUUUCGGGUUGCACAAGAAGAUGUGAGCGACGUGUUUGCCAAUGCUCCGUUUCCACGUGCUCCCGUCGCAGCUCAGCAACAGCUCGACGUAUUCUCUCAGGCUCCCUUUGGAAAAAGAAAGGAGGCUACAGGAGCUCAGCCCAAGACCUCGUACCCUCAAGCAGCCGGAGUUCACGCUGUGACUCCUGAUCCAGGUGUGCUUGGACAGGUUCCCCCUCAACCAUUCCGCCCUCAAGCCCUAGCCAAAUAUUCCCGGCACUUUGAGGGACCCGUGCCCCAGCAGCUAGUAGCAGCUCACAGAGUGGUAUCCAAUGUGAGCAGGCAAGCCGCUGUGUCAUCAGUCCCUGUUGGACCUCUUCACUCAUGGACGUCAGAAGUGAGCGCUGUCGACCCCUUCGUCUCUGCACCCUUUCACCUCAAGGCCCCUCAAGAAAAGCCCUGAAGGCGCACUCAGUGGUCAAGGCAGUGGGUAUCAGCGCCACUGAAUUAUGCAAACUAUAACAGGCGUACUGCAUGCUGUCACCAGCGCUGCAGCUGGACUGCAGGCUUGCAUGGAUCUCAUUCUCAGCUGGCUCCAAUUAGAUCUGAUAGAGCAGGGUCAUCAGAGUCAGAGUAAGAAAACUGACAUCCUUCCCAGACUCCUAGUCACUCUUUAUGUUUUCCUUUCACAUCCUUUUACCUUUUGAAUUGUCCUCAGCCUGUUUUGGUACGUACAGCCACACAAAGACGAUGUGGUGGUCAAGCAUUUGAUUGUUUCCUUGCCUACCUCAGUAAAUUUUUGUGUCAGCGCUAAAAUACCACAAUAGUGAAGGUGUUUGUCUGAGGCUUUGGCAGUUUCAUUUCCUGUACGUCGGAGCUUUACUGUGAAACUGUGGUCUGAUAACGCCUCAUUCCUCCGUUGAAUCGGUUCUCAGGAAGAACUGAUUCAGCUUGAAUCAUUAAAUCAUAAUUUCACAGAAGCCUGAAAGAGGAAAAGACACAUAGCAGAGCACUACUAGUGAGUGUAACAGAUCUGCAGUUUCUGAACACUACUGUGAGAGUUUCGCGACAAGAUGUUUCAGAGGAAUUCAUCUGUAGUUACAACAAACAUAGCUGUACCCUUAAAGUCAAUAGUUUUGGGAGCUGUGGUCUUUAAGCUUGACAGUUUAUGACAGUUAUGAAGCUGAUGCUGGAUAAUGAUGCAUAGACAUUUCAAAGAUAACAUUCACUAAUAUGAUUUUUUUUUCCUCAAUCCAACAUGUUUGCAUAUUUUCCAUGUGUAUUGUUUGUGGUCACUGUCCUGUCUAAUGAAAAUGGAAUAUCAGUGUUUGUUCCAUGUAAUGUACGAACCUUAUCUAAACGUUACGCAUAGUAAAUUCAUAAUAGUAGUUAGUUAGAUAAGUGUAGAAGACUCACUUUUCUUUGUUUCUCCUUUCCAAAAUGGCAUCUCUGAAGCCUUACACUCUUACAGUACUUCCCUCCUCCAACAUCAGAUAGCAUAAAUCACCUUUGCCUUUUGUGCCCGCCUAAAAAAAAACUGCUGCAUUUACAUCAUUGUAUUGCUCUUGCAUUCAGCACCAAAUACUUGUGUACAAUCAUGUACAACUUCCGUUUGCUGUCUGCAGUAUGCAUAUGCACCGAGAUUCUCUUUCAGCUCUUCAGUGCAUCUCUAUCAUAGACAUCUCUGUAAAUUCCAAAUGUGUAAAAACUGUGACUCACACUUACGGACAACCCAAGUGAAAACAGUGCUUUCCUGCAGUCACACAAAUAUGUACAGCACCUGCGCUUUGCAAAUUUCCAGGGAUUGUAAUAGUAGUAGCUUGUAAGUGAGAUCUUGAAUGGUGACUGAGUGAUGACAUUCCUUUUGAAUUUAUUUCCAUCCUCAUUUUUGGAAAUAUUUUAAUUGUCUUUGUGCUCUGCAAAAUCAUGGAACACUUUUUGGUUCCCACUAAGGCACUUUUAAGAAGGGGGAUCCGACCUGUUUCAACCCAAAGUUUAAUUCAUGUAUUCUUCUGUUGCAAUGUAAAAUCAUGUAUUCUUUUCUUUUUGAAGUGUACAAUCUUUUUUUUUUUUUUUUUUUUUUAAAUAAAUGCUCACUUGUCUCA